CCAAACCAUCUUCACUUCAUGCACAAAAUUUGCAAAAACAAAUAUAUAUUCAUAAUUCCUCACCAAACUCCUUUACAAAAACACUUGCUAGUUUAACAUGGCAAAUCUUACCCAAAUUGAGACCAAUAAAUCAAUAGUUCAAGAUUUGUACAAAGCACUUGCAAAAGGAGAUGGAGAAAAUGUGUCAAAACAUUUAGCAAAUGACUUGGAGUGGUGGUUCCAUGGGCCACCACAUUGUCAACACAUGAGAAGGGUGUUGACGGGCGAGUCAGCCCAACCGGAGUUCCGGUUUGAGCCUCGGUCGAUCACGACCAUUGACGAGGAUCGGGUCAUUGCCGAGGGAUGGGAAGGGUCUCAUGCAUAUUGGGUUCAUGUUUGGACCUUAAAAGAUGGGCUUAUCACACAAUUUAGGGAGUACUUUAAUACAUGGCUCACCGUUAAGGACCUUAGGCCCAAUAAUAAUGGGUGGGAAAUUGGGCCGGUAAACCAGAAGGGAACUCUUUGGCAAAGUCAAAUGUCUGGGCGCAAUGGUAAUCAGUCCAUGCCAGGCCUUGUACUUGCUAUCUAAAAUUACUCUUUGAGUUUGUUUUUGUGCUAAUUUAGCACAAUUUGGCAUGUAAAUGUAAUUUAUUUACUAUAUGGUUUAAUAAAAUAUUGAGAAAAUAAAUGCAACUACUAAGCUUUUUUCUUCUAAUGUAAUACUUCCCCUCCUUAAGUUGGGGUUAAUGAGGAAAAAAAGUCACAAAAUUAGAAUAAAUAUAUUAUAACUAGAUCUGUAUAACGGACUAAAGGCAUCCCUUUGGGGACCUUUAAUAGCCCACCAUAGAGGCCAAGUUGCAAGAUUACCAACUAUAAAGACCAUAAACAACAUUUUAAGGAUGUCUUUUUGAGUUGAAAUUUUUUUUUUUCUAAACUUACCAUGAAU